UCCCGUCAUAAAUACCCUCCAUCCCCAGCCCGCGAGGGUCAGAUCAGGUUCCCGAUCGCCACAAGUCCUCCUCCCCCCUAAUCUCCGCGUCGUCUCCCGUUUCGCAACUUCCAGGGACGCCUUCGGCUCGUCGCUCGGCAGCGAUCUCCUCCGCCCCCGCAAGAUGCAGAUCUUCGUUAAGACCCUGACUGGCAAGACCAUCACUCUUGAGGUCGAGAGCUCUGAUACAAUUGACAAUGUUAAGGCUAAGAUUCAGGAUAAGGAAGGCAUCCCUCCGGACCAGCAGAGGCUCAUCUUUGCUGGCAAGCAGCUAGAGGAUGGCCGUACAUUAGCCGAUUACAACAUCCAGAAGGAGUCUACCCUCCACCUUGUCCUGCGUCUGAGGGGUGGCAUGCAGAUCUUUGUGAAGACCCUUACAGGCAAGACAAUCACGCUUGAGGUUGAGAGCUCUGACACCAUCGACAAUGUCAAGGCCAAGAUUCAGGACAAGGAGGGCAUUCCCCCGGACCAGCAGAGGCUCAUCUUUGCUGGCAAGCAGCUUGAGGAUGGCCGUACACUGGCUGAUUACAACAUUCAGAAGGAAUCUACUCUCCACCUUGUCCUGCGUCUGAGGGGUGGUAUGCAGAUCUUUGUUAAGACCCUUACAGGCAAGACAAUCACGCUUGAGGUUGAGAGCUCCGACACCAUUGACAAUGUCAAGGCCAAGAUUCAAGACAAGGAGGGCAUUCCCCCGGACCAGCAGAGGCUCAUCUUCGCUGGAAAGCAGCUUGAGGAUGGCCGUACCUUGGCCGACUACAAUAUCCAGAAGGAGUCUACCCUGCAUCUGGUUUUACGCCUCCGAGGAGGGAUGCAAAUCUUUGUGAAGACACUUACUGGGAAGACCAUCACACUUGAAGUGGAGAGCUCCGACACCAUCGACAAUGUCAAGGCCAAGAUCCAAGACAAGGAGGGCAUUCCACCUGACCAGCAGCGACUCAUCUUUGCUGGAAAGCAGCUGGAGGACGGGCGCACAUUAGCUGAUUACAAUAUCCAGAAAGAGUCUACUCUUCACUUGGUCCUCCGCCUAAGGGGAGGGAUGCAGAUUUUUGUCAAGACUCUAACUGGAAAGACCAUCACACUUGAAGUUGAGAGCUCUGACACCAUAGAUAAUGUCAAGGCCAAGAUCCAGGACAAGGAGGGCAUUCCCCCAGACCAGCAGAGGCUCAUCUUUGCUGGAAAGCAGCUUGAGGAUGGCCGUACCUUGGCUGACUAUAAUAUCCAGAAGGAGUCUACCCUGCAUCUGGUUUUGCGCCUCCGAGGAGGGAUGCAGAUCUUUGUGAAGACGCUAACUGGCAAGACAAUCACACUUGAGGUGGAGAGCUCUGACACCAUUGAUAAUGUGAAGGCCAAGAUCCAGGACAAGGAGGGAAUUCCUCCCGAUCAGCAGAGGCUCAUCUUUGCUGGGAAGCAGCUGGAGGAUGGGCGUACCUUGGCAGAUUACAACAUCCAGAAGGAAUCUACACUUCAUCUCGUCCUGCGCCUCCGCGGUGGUGGUGUUAACUGAAAGGAUGGAGCAGCAAGUCUUGCUACGAAAUCUGUACCGUGGCUGCAUUUUCUGUGGUGUAAUGAUACGGCUCCCUGGGGGCCUAGUACUACUAUUGUGUUCAGUCGUUUAAACUGGUCUGUUACUUAUCGGUGUGUCGUGCACAGUACUAGCUUUGCUUAUAUCUGUUGGUAACUUGUUCUA